UUCUUCCUGGAGCGCCGGGCGUGCCGAUGGCGGGAGCCGGGCGUAGAGGGGCUACUGCGGUGGGGACGGCGGGGCCUGGGGGUCCGGGGCGGCCGCAGGGGAGAAAGCAACAGCUGCCGGGGAAGCAGCGCUCGGCGCCGUGGCCGGGACCGCGCAGCAAAGAAAAAAAGAAAGUAAAUUGCAAGCCCCCAAACCAGGACGAACAGGAAAUCCCUUUCCGGCUCCGAGAGAUUAUGAGGAGCCGCCAGGAGAUGAAAAAUCCCAUCAGUAACAAAAAGAGAAAGAAAGAAGCCCAGAUGGCCUUCAGGAAGACAUUGGAGAAGGAAGCAAAAGGAGCGGAGCCGGACAUCGCUGUCCCCAAAUUCAAGCAGAGGAAGUGGGAGUCUGACGGGGCCUACAUCCAGCGUAUGGAGCAGGAGGCCCAGCAUGUGCUUUUUCUCAGCAAGAACCAGGUGGCCCGGCAGCCUGAGGUGCAGGUGGCUCCCAAGAAGGAGAAAUCUGAGCGGAAGAAAGCGUUCCAGAAACGGCGACUGGAUAGAGUCCGGCAGAGAAGGGAGGAAAAGGCAGCAGAAAGGCUGGAGCAGGAGCUGCUCCGAGACACGGUGAAGUUUGGCGAGGUUGCCCUGCAGCCCCCAGAGCUGACCGCCCAGCCCAGGAUGAGCAAGGGCGGGGGCCAGCCUGGGAAGAAAUCGCUGAUGCUGAGGAUGCUUCUGAGCCCCGGUGGUGUGUCCCAGCCUCUGACCGCGUCGCUGGCCCGACAGCGGAUCGUCGGGGAGGAGAGAGAGCGGGCUGUGCAGGCCUACCGGGCACUAAAGACACGGCAGCGGCAGGCGGCUCAGUCCCCACGGCCACCCCGUUCACCCCACCCCGCUUCCAGGAAGAAGGCGGAGACCUGUCUGUGACGGUGCGACCAGGGCCUCCACACCUGGGUCGGGGAGGACACGUAGACGGCCUGUACACAAGGGUCCUUUCCCUGGAGCACACUGGGACUCCCAGGCCCCCGUGUACCGGCUCUCGAGUGUAGAACAGGGCUCCAGGUCUCUGCUCUCUCGUUUUUUCCUCCCCGAAGAGGGCUCUUCUGUGACUGACCGUCUGCUGGGCCAUCUCCCACAGGGCAUUGUCCAUCCCAAGUCCCCAGAGACAGACCAGCACCUGUUUGGGACACAGCCAGUCGGGCAUCACGCACGGCUUUGUGCUGAACACACAGGUCCAGCCUGAGACAAACCACGGUCACUUCGGGGAGGGCCAGUCCCGUAAUCCUGUCCUUAAAUGCCGACUAACUGGAGACACUGCAGACUUGGCCAGCCAAGCCGAUAACGGGCCCCGUUGGGUUCAACAGCACAGCGCAGCACAGGUGGAAACACAGCCUAGGUGGGGGUGGGCUCAGCGCCUCGGCCACCUGGACCCUCUCCUGGUGCCUUGUCCCUGAUGCCACACCCCCACGUGGAGUGGGUUUGAGGAGGUCUGUUCCUGGCGUCCCCAAGGACUCAGGGGAGAGAAGAGCAGGUGUGAAGCAGCUUGACGGCAAGGACAGGACCCUGGCCCCACGACUUUCUUGUAGUUAAAAAGGCUGCGUGAGAAUUGCUGCCGAAGGAGGGAGCCCCAGAUGUUCUGAGGGUGCUCAGCUGUAGGACUGGGGGGGCGGGGGGUUGAGCAUUAAGGGGAGGAGUCCUGCUCACAUCCCUGUGAAGGCACCUGGCUCCUCCCUCGGGCUCACCAGCUCAGGUGCCUCUGGCUGGCAGAGCUGGGCUGGGACAGCUCAGGAAGUGCCGUCUCCACUUUGGCCAGGGUGGCCCUGCACGACAUGGGGGGUGUGUUUCUGUGGGAUCCUUUUUUGCCCUUCCCUAAGUUUGUAUCCCUUACAACAUUUAUUUUCAAAUCGAGAAAUUUUACGUUGAA